GGAAGGGCAAUUUCCGUUAGGUGCUGGAGGCUGAGGCGCGCCACCGACCGCAUUCCCACGUGAAGCGCUACGCGAGCGCCGCUCGGCGGGGUCGCUCCCCGCUCGCCGCGGAGCGUCCCGGAAGCAGCGGGGAACCGGAAGCGGCCCGCGGCGGCGCAGAAGCGAACCCCCGAGGCCGGCGUGAGGCGCCUGGGAGCGCUGCGGCGGCGCCAUGUCCCUGAUCUGCUCGAUCUCCAAUGAAGUGCCAGAGCACCCGUGUGUGUCCCCUGUCUCUAAUCAUGUGUACGAGCGGCGGCUCAUUGAGAAGUAUAUUGCGGAGAAUGGCACAGACCCCAUCAACAACCAGCCUCUGUCUGAGGAGCAGCUCAUCGAUAUCAAAGUUGCUCACCCAAUCCGGCCCAAGCCUCCCUCUGCAACCAGCAUCCCAGCCAUUCUGAAAGCCUUGCAGGAUGAGUGGGAUGCAGUCAUGCUGCACAGCUUCACUCUGCGCCAGCAGCUGCAGACAACCCGUCAAGAGCUGUCCCACGCUCUGUACCAGCAUGAUGCUGCCUGCCGUGUUAUUGCCCGGCUCACUAAGGAAGUUACAGCCGCCCGAGAAGCUCUGGCCACCCUGAAACCACAGGCUGGACUCAUCGUGCCCCAGGCUGUGCCGAGCUCACAGCCAAGUGUUGCAGGUGCAGGUGAGCCGAUGGAUUUGGGUGAGCUGGUGGGAAUGACCCCCGAGAUUAUCCAGAAGCUUCAAGACAAGGCCACUGUGCUCACCACGGAGCGUAAGAAGAGAGGGAAGACGGUACCCGAAGAGCUGGUGAAGCCGGAGGAGCUAAGCAAAUACCGGCAGGUGGCAUCCCACGUGGGCUUGCACAGUGCCAGCAUUCCUGGGAUCCUCGCCCUGGACCUCUGCCCUGCUGACACCAACAAGAUCCUUACUGGUGGGGCCGAUAAAAAUGUUGUUGUCUUCGACAAGAGUUCCGAGCAAAUCCUGGCCACCCUUAAAGGCCAUACCAAGAAAGUCACCAGUGUGGUGUUUCACCCUUCCCAGGAGCUGGUGUUUUCUGCCUCUCCAGAUGCUACUAUCAGGAUUUGGUCAGUCCCGAAUGCGUCUUGUGUGCAGGUGGUUCGGGCCCAUGAGAGUGCUGUGACAGGCCUCAGCCUCCAUGCCACUGGGGACUAUCUCCUGAGCUCCUCUGAUGACCAGUAUUGGGCCUUCUCUGACAUCCAGACAGGGCGUGUGCUCACGAAGGUGACAGAUGAGACCUCUGGCUGUUCUCUAACCUGUGCGCAGUUCCAUCCUGAUGGACUCAUUUUUGGAACAGGCACCAUGGACUCACAGAUCAAGAUCUGGGACUUGAAGGAGCGCACCAAUGUGGCCAACUUCCCCGGCCACUCGGGCCCCAUCACCAGCAUUGCCUUCUCAGAGAAUGGCUACUACUUGGCUACAGCGGCUGAUGACUCCUCUGUCAAGCUCUGGGAUCUGCGCAAGCUUAAAAACUUCAAGACGCUGCAGCUGGAUAACAACUUUGAGGUGAAGUCACUGAUCUUUGACCAGAGCGGCACCUACCUGGCCCUUGGGGGCACGGAUGUCCAGAUCUACAUCUGCAAGCAGUGGACAGAGAUUCUUCAUUUCACAGAGCAUAGUGGCCUGACCACAGGGGUGGCCUUUGGGCACCACGCCAAGUUCAUCGCUUCAACAGGCAUGGACAGGAGCCUCAAGUUCUACAGCCUGUAGACCCUGGCCCUGCGGAUCUGGGAGCUGGGCCUCAUCUCAGUAGAGGGGUAGAAUUAGGGUGGGGGGAGCGGGGAGGAAGGGGAGAGACUAUUGGGGGAGGGGGGGUCUCUGGGGCGGGGCAUUCACAUCAUUUCACUCUGGUCUGGGUGGUGACCUGAGAGCCAUGGCGGCGGGGACCACCCUCAUCCAUGCCACCUCCAGCCUGACAGGAAGGAUCACGGGAGGUAGAACUGUCACCCUGUGAAGGCUCUGGUUGGAGCCCAGGGCCUCUCCCCUCAUGGCGUUCAUUGAGUUGCUUCAGUUCCUGGGAGAUGGGGAGAGGCUGAGCCAAGGGAAGUGUGAAGGGGAUGGGCGUGAGGGCUCUUGCAGGUUUUUGUAAGCAGUGAUUUAGUUUCAUUAAAAAAAGAAAACAAUAAA